GAGAAUCAGUUGUUUUUGCAACGCUUUUGCGUGGAGGUCGCAAUCUAUCUGGAGUGCGCACGAGUCAAAGCAAACGAGCAAGUGAAACGAAUGUUAAAUGUGCAUACUCAGUAUACAUUGAUAAAUACACAUACUUACAUAUAUGUAUAUUAUUUGGAGUGCUAUGUAUAAUUAUGAAUCGUGGGGGCAGAAAAUGUCAAAUCGUGUCAAUCAAUAAUACAAAGACUAAUAGACUAAAAAGUAAGACAGCGGAAUUGCGACAGUUGCAAAAUCAGUUACAAUAGGAUAUAUGCAAUGGAAAUUUAACAUUUUCGGAGUAACAAUAAUAGAAGUUAUGCAUUUAUAUUUGUUAAAUAAAUACAAAAAAUACCAGUUUGAGUAAAAAAAAACAGUGGUGCAUGAGCAAAUUGAUAUUCCUUGGUAAAAUUUGAUAAGUAACAAAUUGACUGCUGGAAGAAAAAUGAGUAGCAGCAAGAGGAAAAUAUAAAUUCAAAUAAACAGUGCGAAUAAGUUGAAAUUAUUCUCUUUUAUGGUGAAUGCCAAUCCGUUGUCAACAGAACCUGAUGAAUAAGUAGUUGUACAUCCAAUGAUAUUUUAAAGCAGUCAUCAAUUGCAGUACCCAACGACAGCAAACAGACUUUCCUUAUCAUUAAUCAGCAUCUGCAUUGCGAGGCCGCACCGCGCAUGUUGCACAAGCAAAACCAGUAAUCACAAAACGUUUGGCGACGGUAAUGAGUUUGUGAUGUAUAAAACACUAUAUACGAUAAAAAUCUAUUACAUAACAGAAAUAUUCCCUUUUUGUUAACUUCAACAUUAGCCGUGUCAGCAACGGUAAUAGAUUAUGGAUAAACUUUUAUAGUUUAUGACCGAACCAAUAACAACAGUAUCAAGAGCAUAUCGCACUACGGUUUUAAGAGAAUUUGCACAUAUCCGCUGUUAUUAUUAUCAGCUUUUGCAGUUCCUCCUGCUACUAUCACGGUCUCAGUUGCCCAGAAGAUGAUCAGUGAACAAUCUCUAACGCUGGCUUUUCGAGGUGGAUUUAGUUUAACCGAAAAACAAUUGAGUGGUGUUGGUUUGAAGCCGAUUGCUUCCUCUCCAACCACAGCGGCUGUGGAUGUUGUCUAUCAAUACUUGGACAUAGACCAUACUGACAAUUUAUUAGCGCCUAUAAUAGCGUCAUCGGAAACUAACAAUGUGUUAAACAAUGCCAAUAUGGAGUCGACGGCAAGUGCUACCAUUAAAAAUUUUAAUAACAAUUCAAAUAUCACUAACCGGAAUAUCGUCAGCAAUAGUAUAAGCAACAAUGUAACAAUUAAUCAAGUGCAAAAUGUUUUCAGUGGUUCCGCUGGUGGUGUAGCUAUCACUAACCUAUCAAACAGUCCUCAUCGAAAACAUUGUCAACAAUUUCAGUCAAUUCAAACAAAUCCUCAAAACCAACAAAUAGCUCAAAAGAAACAUCAACAAAAUAACAAUGUGAAGAGCGAAAGACUUAGUCCAGGUACCAACGGUGAUCAUCAGUCAUCAAUUUCGAGAUCCCGAAGCACUACACCCUCAUCGUUCCGUGGUCCAUCGCCACAUCAAAUUUCUUCGGAAGCCCUAAUGCCAUUAACUUCGCUCCUACGUAUUCAAGAAGUGGCAUCUGCAGGGCAUCAACCUCUCUGCGUUACUGCUAGUACAGAAACUGCUAAUUUGGGAACUACGACGACAGUGUUUCAGACAGAUUAUUCGUCGAGAAACUAUUCUGAUAUUAUGCGUAAUUUAGCAGCGAAAUAUAAUGAUACAAACUCCAUAAACUCCAUUUCGACUCGUUAUAAUGCAUUUUUUGAUACUUCACAAUCGACUUCUUCUAUUCCAAUUGCUAACAAAAAUGCAAAUCAGAAAGGCGGCAAUAGGAACGUCGUUGGAGCUCUGUCGGGUUCCUUGCCGAGUAAAGAUGCAUCGCCUCAAUUAAUACCGCGAUUACCUAUGUCUCAAGGAGAAGUAGCGGUAGCGGCUGCUGCCGCUUCCUUUCUGAAUAGUCUACCAUUUUCACAAAGUGUGUGUCUACCAAUGAUCGAUAUGAGCAGUACUCAAGCAUUGGUAACUCUGGCGCGUGCAGCUAAAGAAGUAGAGGUUCAGACCAUACUUCGCUCGUUCCAGCAAAAUUCAAAGCAAAUAAACUCCAAUUCAAACUUGCCACAUCCCAACCUCAGUGUGGCAUUACAACAAGCCGCCCAAUAUGUAUCUCCUGCGCUCAGUGUUCCUGGACAAGAGCAACAACAGUCUAGUCUUCAACAUAAAUUAAUUUCUACAUCGAUUAACUCUAGUAUUUCAACCUCCAAAAGAAAAUCGUCUGCACUGACAAGUACAACCACAGUACCGCUUGACUUGAGCUCCCAACCACCAGCGACUAAAAAAUUUAAAGUGGAAUUGAACUUAGCAAGCAACAGAAACGAUUUCCCUUCAAAUGAAGCAAAAGUUCUCUCAUCACCAAUAUCUGAAAACAAAUUGGUUAUUGGUUCAGCGAACAGUAAUGCCCGCUUAUGCUUUUCACCAGAACCAUCUACGCAGUGCAAUGCUACUAUUCCAAAAUGUCAAGCUCAAAGUGAGGAAAUUGCUCAGUGGACAGUAGAUGACGUAUGUGCAUUUGUAGGUGAUAUUGAUAUCUGCGCAGACUACGUUCAGCAUUUCCGUGAUCAAUGCAUUGAUGGCAGUGGAUUACCCUUGCUCACUGAAGAACAUUUGCUGCAUUCCUUGGGUAUGAAAUUAGGACCCGCGUUGAAAUUACGGUCAAAAUUAGCGAAAAGACUCGGUGGACCAUGUCCAUGUGUAGCAUGCAUUACACGAGCACGGCAAAUGCUAGUUUUACAAGCAGAAUCUAACAAUAGUCAACCAAAAACAGCUAUAACCAUAUCUACCGAGUGUUCGCCCACAAAAGGAAGUGCUAUUGGAUGUGAGGAAAUUGUUGACCUUCCUAAAAUCAAAGACAUUAAUGAUAAAACAAAAGAAACAUUUCAACACAUACAGAAAGUUUCACAUAAUCAGCAUUUACUUGCGGAAGGACGAGAACGAGAACCGAAGAUAUGCAAUAAUAGUGACAAUAAUGAAAGAACCAGCUAUUGUGACUCACUCAAACUACAGAUAUGCGCCAACAUUUAUAAAAACGAAACAAAUAACAAUAAUCACAACAAAGACGAAAUAAAUAUUGAGAAUUUUACUACCGGAACAAAAGUUCAUGACAAAACAUCUAGUUAUGUUCUCGGUACCACUUUGAAAUCCAUAACUAAUGAUAACUGUCAUAGUAAUAACAAUAGUUCCACUAAUAACAACGUUUUACUCGGUAGCCAGUUUGGCGAAUUAUCGGAUGAAGGUAGUUAGUUUUGAAACUAUUACUACUUCUGUUUACGUACUUUUUAAAAAUUUAAUAUAACAUUUUAUCCGUUUUUUGAUAGAGUGUUGAAGUAAAAAUUAUACACAUCAAUCCCUUAAAACUCUCUAAAACUUAGCAACUAUUUUUAUUUUGCUCAUAAUAAAUAAAGAAAGGUAAAGAAUAAACGUAAUGAUAGUCAAAUUGGCAUGCGAACAUGCUGAUCAUAAUCAUACGUUUAAUUUAAUAUAGGCUUUAUCAUUUGAAAGGUAUAUAGUGGUUCUUCCAAUACUAUAAACAUUUCAGUCAAAAAUUUUUUGUAAAAUCUUCUAAUAAAUCACCUUUAGUAUCAGUUAUCAUCCAAGCAAAAUAACUAAUUGUAGUGACGAUAUGAAGAAAUGAAGAAAAACGAAUAGAAAAAAAUAUCAGUACAAAAAUCUAUCUGUUUGUAUACUAAUAUAUUUUGAACACAAUUUGUUGAAAAACUAUAAAAAUAUUACUUACCGGACUACGAAAUGUAUGACCUUGUGAAGUAUGAAUACUUAGGAACAUAAAAUGUUCAUUAUUAUAAAUACAUACCAGAACUACGAAAUUAUUCAGUGAAAGCAGUUUAAAUACUGUAUUUACAUAUUUAAAGCAUUUAUAACAAAUUAAUUUUAUAAGUCGUAAAUUUUGAGUUACAACAGAAGUAAUUAUUAUAAACAACAAGAGAUCAAAGUCUUCCAUAUUAUUAUAAAUAUAAUAUUUAAGCAGGAAACUUGCAAAAAAUAUAUUUAAGAAAUAUUACUUAUAUAGACAAGAGUAUAUAAAAAUAUUAGAAGAACCUUGUAAAGUAUGCAAAAUUUCGUUUUUAUACUGUCAUUUUAUUUGUGAGUAAUUUUUAAAGCCGAAAAUAUUUAAUAGUCAAUUUAUUAUGAGUUUUAUGCUAGUUCAAUUGACAUUUGCAUAAAUACAUACCAUUUAUAUGCAGACUAUAAAAAGUGUACUUAAGUUGUAGGUAUGUUCUAGAAGCAUUCAGUUUAGCAUAUAAUAGUAAUGUUCAUUAAUAUUUAAGGAUAAGCAAUAUAGUCAACUUUGGUAAUAUAUACAUACAAUCAUUGUUAAGUUAUUUAUUACUAGUCAGUAUAAGAUUAUCAAUAUUUAUGGAUAUAAUUGUGCGCUUUAUGCAAAAUGCCAAAAUUUGUUCAACAUUAUUAAUUAAAAUAUUUCUAUUUUUAUGAAAUUAAAAUAUUCUUAACACUCAUGA